AUGUCAGGAACUCACGGACGCACCGACUGGGCCGAGGACGACGAUGACCUAACCCUCGACCUCCCCCAAACGCAAAUCAUUAAGAACAAGGACGGCACCGAAACGAUCAUAUCCUAUAAGAUCCGCGAUGAUGGCAAGAGGGUGAAGACAACGCAGCGGAUAAAGCGAACGGUGAUCAAGCGCACCGUAAACCCUCGCGUCGCGGAGCGAAAAACCUGGUCCAAAUUCGGCGCCGAAAAAGGCAAGCCCGUAGGCCCGCAGUCCGACACCACCAGCGUGGGCGAGAACAUCGUCUUCUCGCCCCGGCCGGGCUGGAAGGCGAGCACAGAGGACAAGAGCGAGGUGGAGAAGAAGAAGGCGAAUCUCAAGGAUGCUAAGAUCAAGUGUCGUAUCUGCAGCGGAGACCACUGGACCACCAAGUGCCCGUUCAAGGAUACAAUGGCGCCAGAGGGCGAGGCGGGGGCGGCAGAGCUGGCGGAUGAUGUGCCGGAGGUGGCGGGUGCGCUGGGGGGUGGUGGGUCCAGCUAUGUGCCGCCGCAUUUGCGGAACAGGGGCGCGGGGACAGGUGAGAAGAUGGGCGGGAAGUAUGAGAGGGAUGAUCUGGCUACGCUGCGUGUGACAAACGUCAGCGAGUUUGCGGAAGAGAACGACCUCCGCGACAUGUUCUCGCGUUUCGGUCACGUCACGAGGGUGUUCCUCGCAAAGGACAGGGAUACGGGCAGAGCAAAGGGCUUCGCGUUCGUCAGCUUUGCCGACCGGACAGAUGCUGCCAAGGCGUGUGAGAAGAUGGAUGGGUACGGCUUCGGGCAUUUGAUCCUGCGUGUCGAGUUUGCAAAGAAAGCUACAUAG